AUGAAGUUUCUCCUCCUCAUCCUCCUCGCCCAGCUCUGCUCGGCAACACUGGUCCCUGAGAAGGAGAAGGACCCUGAGUACUGGCGGGAGCAGGCGCAGGAGACCCUGCGGAACGCGCUGCGGCUCCAGCACCUCAACCAGAACGUGGCCAAGAACCUCAUCCUCUUUCUGGGUGAUGGGAUGGGUGUCUCCACCGUCACGGCCGCUCGCAUCCUCAAGGGUCAGCUGCAGAACCACAAGGGUGAGGAGAGCCUGCUGGAGAUGGACAAGUUCCCUUACGUGGCCUUGGCCAAGACCCGCGACCGCUGCAACACCACCAAGGGCCAGGAGGUGACCUCCAUCCUCCGCUGGGCCAAGGAUGCAGGCAAGGCCGUGGGCAUCGUCACCACCACGCGGGUGACCCACGCGACGCCCAGCGCUGCCUAUGCCCACUCUGCCAACCGUGACUGGUACUCGGAUGGGGAGAUGCCCCCGGACGCGCUGGAGGGCGGCUGCAGGGACAUUGCCCGGCAGCUGGUGGAGAACAUCCCUGACAUCGAGGUGAUCCUGGGCGGGGGGAGGAAGUACAUGUUCCCCAAAAAUGCUAGUGAUGUGGAAUAUCCCCAUGAGGACAAGCACCGGGGCACCCGCCUGGACCGCAGGGACCUCGUCCAGGCGUGGUAUGAUGCCAAGCCCCCUGGCAAGGUUGCCAAGUACGUGUGGCACCGGAGGGACCUGCUGGCGAUGUCCCCAGCAGUGUCAUUGUCCCCAGGCCUCUUCGAGCCGGGUGACAUGGUGUACGAGCUGGACAGGAACAAUGAGACGGAUCCAUCUCUCACUGAGAUGGUGGCUGUAGCCAUCAGGAUGCUCCAGAAAAACUCCCGGGGGUUCUUCCUCCUGGUUGAAGGAGGCCGCAUCGACCACGGGCACCACGAGGGGAAGGCAAAGCAGGCGCUGCACGAGGCGGUGGAGCUGGACCGGGCCAUUGGGCUGGCCACUCACCUCACCUCGGUGCAGGACACGCUCAGCGUGGUCACUGCCGACCACUCGCACGUCUUCACCUUCGGCGGCUACACCCCACGUGGGAACCCCAUCUUCGGUCUGGCUCCGAUGCAGAGCGAUGUGGACCGCAAACCCUUCACCUCCAUCCUCUACGGCAACGGCCCCGGCUAUAAAAUCGUGGCAGGUGAACGUGAAAAUGUCUCCGCCGUGGAUUUUGCACACGCUGACUACCAGGCGCAAUCGGCCGUGCCCCUGCGCCAGGAGACCCACGGCGGGGAGGGCGGGGACGG